AUUCCGCGAUGUGUCAUCCCUAGCGCGAAAUAAGCAACAGCAAAAACAGCCAAAAGCAAAGCAAGAGCAUCAAGUGCAGUCAAAUUCGCACAAUUGGAGCUGAACGCCAAGGACAAGGCGUCUCGAUUCUUGCCGAGAUUCGUGCCCCGUAGCGACUACAAAGGAGAUCCUGCUGCACACAGUCGCUAUCCUUUGCAUCGAGUGUGCGAGAGUGUGUGCGUGCGUGUUCCUACACCUACAUAAGCUGGUGUUUGGCUCCGUUCAAGUGCGCUUGUGUAUGUGUUUGUGCGUGCAUUUCGACGAGAACGAAAGCCUCUCUUUUCGUGGGUAAACAAAAACAAAACACCUGAAUGUGAGGAGCAGCAUUGGUAUCGGGAUAAGGAUCAUCAGGAUUUGGGAGAGCACAACAGUGGAAACCCACAGAAGCUGAAGCAACAUGUCCUCGUCGACGCAAGAGCGCAAGCGCUACCACAAGGACAACGCGCCCACGGACGACAUCCUUACGCUGAUCAACCUGGUGCGCCAGAAUCCGGUUCUCUACAACUACAAACUGCAGCCGAACCAGCGACGCCGCUCCGAUGUCCUCAACGGAUGGCAGGAGGUGGCCCAGCAGAUAGGAAACAAGUACACGGUGCAGGAGGUGCGUCGUAAGUGGAAGAACCUGCGGGACACUUUCCACCAGUACCGUCUGCGCACGCCCAAGUACAUCGAAGGGCGGCUAUCCAAGUGGCGCUACGCCAAGGAGCUGGACUUCCUGUCGAAGGUGUACCAGCCGAAACUGAAAUCGCACCGGAACACACAGAUCACCUAUGAGACGAGUGGGGUUGCCGGCGCCGGUGGAGGCAUUGGAGGCGCGAAUAGUACCACAUUGCCCAUUGGAGCUAUGCUGCAUUUGAAACAGCAUGUGGACGAUGACGACGACGAGGUGAUGGACGAUGACGGGCAAUCGGAUCACGAUACCGCCACGCUCUCCUCACAUCACGGCACCUCGCAGAUCACCCUGGUCAGCGAUGAGGCGGAAACCUUCAUCCUGACCGCCUACGAGGAGGGCGUCUCGGAUGACACUGUAUCGCAGCACCACCAUCACCAUCAUCAUGGCCAUCACCAGCAGGAGCAUCAUCACCAGCCGCACCACCACCACCACCACCAUCAUCAUCAGUCGCAGCACGACGGCAGCAUCUCCAGCAUUGAGCUCUCCCAGAUUGCCCACGAUGACGAUGUGGUCGAUGAUGUCGAUGACGAAGAUGAUGUGGUCGACCACGACGGUCAGCUGGAUAUUGUGAAGCACGAACUGGACGAGGACGGGGCAACCGGCGCCGAGGUGGACUACGAAGAGGUGUGCCUGUACGAGGAGGCCAGCGGUGCCCAUGUGGAUUGCGAAAUUGGUGUGGGUGACGCCGUGGACGGCGGUAGCGAUGUUACCCACGGCAAGGGUUUCCAUUACAUCGAUACACACGAAUUUUGCAUAUCGGACAUUGAGCCACAGACAGUUCGCUCCAGCCAGCAUCAGUUCUCGGCCAGCGGUGGAUCGGGCAAUGGCUCAAAUAGUGUCCUAACCGGUGGGACUGUGGUAACCGAUGGCAAGGUAAAGAAUCUCACGCUGGUAACAACCACGUCUCCUGCGGCUGGGGGCGGUGGAUCAACCAAUCGUCAUGAUUCCUCAGUGUCAACGCAGCAAAUUUCCCUGGUGGAUGUAACAGAGGCGACCAGUACCAGUGUGACGAUUUCAAGCACGCCGGCCAUUUCUCUGAAUGCGACUACCGUGACUACCACGCCAGCAGCGGCGCUGUGCAAUACCACAUCCUUCACAUCCACGCCGACGGCCACGAUCAUUCAGAUGCCCCCCUUGAACUGCGGAUCUGGCCAGCCAUUGGCCGUUAGUGCGGCGGCCAGCAGUUCUAACAAUCUCAUCAAGGAGGAUGAGCAGCAUCAGCAGCAACAAGUGGCCCAGGCACUGGCCAAGCGUGAUGAGCUCGAUCUGUUCUUUGACUUUCUCAAGAAGAAGAUGCAGUGCUUCAGCAAGACACAGAUUACGCACAUUCAGAUGGAGUUCCUCAACUGUGUCAGCCGGCAGGAAGCGGCCGAACAGGAUGGCAAGGAUUAGGGACACCUGUUUUUAGUUAUGUUCCCCAAAAAACAACCAAUACGAUCCCUGAGUAGUUGCCUAGUUUUUUCCAUGUAUAGGAUUAGGAUGCGUACCGUUUACCAGUUUGCAAGUUCGUGGAUUCCGCGUUCUUCAAUUAGCUUUAUCCUCCACCCACGAAACCCCGGAUCCCUGUAUCCUUCACCCCUCUACACCAUCCAUUCGAGUAAAAAUAUAUAUACAUAUAUAUUAGCCAGCGUUACAAUCAAUUGUAAUUGGAAAUAAAAGAAAAUAAAUCGAUUCUCGAAAACUACACAAUUCGAAAUUCUUAAAGUUGAAUAGCUUGUUUGCAACAGAUGAUCUAUACCUAAGUCUUAGGAUUAUCCUGGUUUCCCCCCCGUUUUAUAGACCGAACUAAAUUGAAAACAAGAAAAUUGGCGUAAAUUAUAGAAUAAGAAGUUUUAAAUUGAAUUAGAUUAUAUACAUUACGAAUUGCUUGUAAAUUUUAAACAGCAAAAAUUAAUAUAAGUACUUGCUUUAAAAGAAAAAAUAGUAUCUACUUUACAAAAUCACGAACUAUUUGAGAAAUAAAUAUAUGAAGAAAC